UCCUGCGGGAAAAAAAGCACAUCCAACAGCUUUACGCUUGCGUCCACACACGCCGCGAUCUUUCCUUAUUUUUACAUGAAGGCUUAAUGUCCAUGUCCAGCAGCAUGGUCAUAGUUUAAUUUCUGUGAUCGCGGAGCAGCUCGCCUGUACGAUCUUUUUUUUUUUUUUUUUAAAUCAUUUAUCGAGAUGAUAUGAAUGUCAACCGGUCAAGGUCCACUCCCCCAGUGCAACAGCCACGGCUGGAUUUUCUAGCUACUGCUGGGGAACAUCUGCCGCAAGCAUUUGGAUGAAUUUCUAAUAAUUUCUAAUUCUGAGAGGACGGCGAAGGGAUUGAGAUUGUUUGCUGGAGCAGCGUGGGAGCCUCUCUGUGGGAAUGACAUGCUGCAGUAAAGACGGGAAAAUGGAAAUAAAAUGGAUUGGAAAACACUGAUGAUGUGAUUGCGACGCCUUUAACGAGAGGAAAAUGCUUCACAGUCUUCGCCCUGUGCAGAAAUCUGUAAUAAUAUUGAUGUAACACCUGACAUCAACCCAAACAAGGACUGAGGACUGAUCUGAAAAGAGGACACCAUGUCGGCGGUGAUGAUAACACGAAAGGUGCGAAAAUGGGAGAAGCUCCCGGGUAAAAACACUUUCUGCUGCGACGGGCGGGUGAUGAUGGCCCGGCAGAAAGGAGUCUUCUACCUGACCCUGUUCCUCAUCGUCGGGACCUGCUCUCUCUUCUUCGCUUUCGAAUGUCCAUACCUGGCUGUGCAUCUGUCUCCGACCAUCCCAGUUUUCGCUGCCCUGCUCUUCCUCUUCGUCAUGGCCAUGUUGCUGAGGACCAGCUUCAGUGACCCUGGGGUGCUGCCACGGGCCCUCCCAGAGGAAGCCACAUUCAUCGAGAUGGAAAUCGAGGCUGCAAAUGGCAACGUCCCAGCAGGGCAGCGGCCGCCACCUCGAAUCCGCAACGUUCAGAUCAAUAACCAGAUCGUCAAACUCAAGUACUGUUACACAUGCAAGAUCUUCCGACCACCUCGAGCAUCUCACUGCAGCAUCUGUGACAACUGUGUCGACCGUUUUGAUCACCACUGUCCAUGGGUGGGAAACUGUGUGGGCAAGAGGAACUACAGAUACUUCUACCUGUUCACCCUGUCCCUCUCCCUGCUCACCAUUUAUAUCUUCACCUUUGACAUCGUCCAUGUGGUCAUGCGUUCAGUGGAUAAUGGCUUUUUGAGCACUUUGAAAGAAACACCUGGAACUGUGCUGGAGGUGUUGGUGUGUUUCUUCACCCUGUGGUCAGUGGUGGGACUGACCGGCUUCCACACCUACCUGAUCUCUCUCAACCAGACCACCAACGAGGAUAUUAAAGGAUCCUGGUCUGGAAAGAACAGAGUCCAGAACCCUUACAGCCACAAGAACAUCUUAAAAAACUGCUGUGAGGUGCUGUGUGGGCCGACGUACCCGAGCGUCUUGGACAGAAGAGGAGUGAUGCAGGAGGACUCGCCUGUUUCUGCAGCGUCUGCUGCGCCCUCUUCCUCCUCCAGCACCAACCCAGUGCCACAAACCACGAAAACCACAGCUCCACUCAUCCCCAAUGAGCACACACCUGACGAGGCCAAGCCGAGCAUCGCCGCCUCCCCUAAAGAGGAGCACUCCCCUGAUACCAAGGGCCCGCCCCUGGCUUCACCCGAGACUGAUGUGGAGACAUCCAUCGCCAAGGACAAGACCCAUUAGCUGUAUGAGGGGGCGGCUCUAGUCGUAGCCACUCCCCUCUUUCCCCCCCAGCAUCCUGCCUGGUCAGGAACUGGAACAUUAAUAAUCAAUAUCUGAUUACUGUGUGGGUGACUCAGUUACUCUCCAACUCCUGCCCUACAUUCAACCAAGAAGAGCAGAGUCUCUGCUGCAGCUCCUCCUCUUCCCUCCUCCUCACCAGUAGCUGCAGAGGUGUUUGAUUGACACUUACUCCUACAGGAGGGGGAGCGAUUUAAUGGAAAGUCAGCAGCUUCCUCUUGACUCCUGAACACUGCAUGGAAAAGACACGCAGGGGGAGAAGCUGCUGGGAAAACAGCAGAAAAAAAAAAACACUCUUCAAUCGUUUGACUUCCCCCACAGUUCACCUGUGGGUUGCUCUGAUUGUCAGUACUACUUCUUUUCUUUAUUUAAAGUUGCAUAAUGACAUUUAUUGUGAGAUGCCAGUUCAAAUAUACUCCUUGCAAGUGUCUGGCAAAGACAAUAUUACUUCUGGACAUGUAUAAAAUGUCAUACAUACAGUCAGUUUUUGUUGUGUAUGCCCUAUGCAAAUCAUGAGAAGGCUGGACAAGCUUUUUUUUUUUUUUUUUUUUUGCUGUUUGGAUAAAAGCAUUUCACCUGUAAGUCUGUGAGUACACAUGAUGUCCAGGCAGGGGGAGGACAUGCAAAUCCUUAGCUGAGAUAUUCUUACAGGCUCCUUCCAGGCAAGUCAAACUCUACCUUUUAUUCUGAUAUUGCUGCAUUCAGUACUGUUGUUACUUAUAAGCAUCUUUUUAAUUUUUAAAGUGAUCUGAUCCAGACCAACGCCUGUCCCAUCCAUUUUUAUAUAAUCAAGGAUGUUUUGUGACCUUGGCGCUCUGAAAUAGAUGAAACUACUUUACGCACAGUUAGUCUUGCAUCCGGGAGACGCUCAGUCUCAGUGUGAGUGAGAAAAGGCCUGACUUCUGAUGAUCCUAGACACUCGUAGUAACAGUGCCUUAUCACAACAGUUGUACUAUGAAAUGCAACUGAGGUCAACCAACAGAGAAGCCCUUCAAGUUCAUCCUGACACAGUGUUUAAUGAGAAAUGCCAAUGUUUAAUACACAAAUCAGUCCAGUGGUUCCCAACCAGAGGGUCGUGAGAUAAAAUCUGAGAGGUCCCGAAAUGAAGAAAUAGUUUGACCUUUUGGGCGAUACUCCUAUAUGAAGUCACAGGCGGGAGAUGGUUAGCUUAGCUUAGCAUUAAGACUGAAAACACUGGUGAAACAUUAGCCUGCCAGCAACUUUAAAGCUUAUUGAAUAACACAUUAUAUUUAGUUUGUUUAUGCUGACACAAAACGACAAUUUGUGGUUUUUACAACUGGAACUAUUUCCUUGAAUUCUUGUUAUUUUACAUUUCAGUAUUUGCACAGAUUUUAGGGCUCACAGAUCUUAAAGGUUUGGAACCACUGAAUUAGACUUUGUGGAAAAGAAAAGAAGCAAAGCCAUGGUUGAACUGUACAUAGUUUUCACAGGUAUAGAUGUCGUGAAAACCUCUCAGCUGAUGAGUGACAUCAGCAAGGUUUUGUUUAUGAAGUUUUUUUUUUUUUUAAGUGUAAGUGCGGCCAGUGUUAAUGAAUUAUUCUGCCUGUGAGCUUGAGCACCUCCUCCUGCAAAUCACAUCAGAGCUGAUCUUCCUCAGAGUCCUCUCUCUUCCUGCCGUCUUCUGCCUUCUCAUAUUUAACUCAUCGUAUUUAACUCAAGGCUGGGGCCGCUUCCACUGAGGCCAUCCUUGGCAGGAUCAUUAAGGCAGAGAGAAAACAGAGAGACGCUCAGUCCUUUCGUUUCACACAUCUGUGUAUUUCAGGCGGAGCAUAGCCUUUAAUGAGGCUUGAGAAUUUAUUUGGUUUUUGGUCACAGAGAUUGCUCGAGGGGGACGGCAUCCACUCAAAAGAAAAAUGAGAGAAACUGAAGCAAAUUUUUAGUAUUUAAAUGAUUUUAGCAGAUAGCGAGAGUUUGUCAUCGUGAUUGUGUUAUAUGCAAGACAGAGUUAGUGUUUGUGAAAUAUACUUGUGUAGAAAUUCUAGUGUGUCAACAGCAUCGUGUCAUACUCUGAAAUCUGCCUGAGAUGAUUUAUUCUAAGACUAAAAAUGGUCACAAUUCCCUCUUAAUCUCCUAAAAACAUCAGCUCCUAAAAAUGAGUGUAGUAGAAGCUGGGAGAUAAAUUCUAGGAUGCUGGGAUUGUUGGCAUCUGUAUGAUCAUUUUUGUAGAGCAGUUUAAAGCUCAAUACUGAUAUUAGACACUUUUAAACAUUCAAAGACGAAUCUAUGCCUUCAAGUUACAGUUUGUUUCAUGAUUGAUUCAUGUGAGGAUUGUUUUCUUGAUUAUAUGAUUAAUUGUUUGCUCUAUAUAAUGUCAGAAAAUAGUGAAAACAAAAAGUUCAAAGCCCCCUGAAUUAUUUGUUUGAUCAUGAGAACAUCAGCAAAUGCUCACAUUUAAAAAGCUGAAACCUUCAGAUGAAUCCUUUUUAUCCUUGUUUAUUUCCUCUGUACUCAGAUGAGAAAAGGAGACAUAACUGACACAUGUCUAGUGGAAGAUGGUAAGGUCUUUCCGUGAAGUAAACAAGUGUAACUACUGAAUGUUUGUUGGAAAGAAUCUCCAAAAAAUGUUCAAUUUUCAGUGAGAAGUACUAAACCAGGACCAGUUUCAGUGGAUUUUCUCUGUGGAAGGUAUUUGAGGACGGUUUCUAUCUGAUCGAUUUGCGACGCUGUCACCGAGAAGCAAGAAUGUAUGUGACUGAUAUUCGAUAAAAGAAGGGACGUUUGUGAUGAAUUCCUGUUUCAACAGUUUCAAAGCAGAUUUAAAAGGGACAGUUGAACUUUGAUUUUUUGAUUCUAAGGGUUUUGCAGACUGUCGAGCGACCGAGCUGAGCUGUUGUAUGUGUGUUAUAUCAUGUGUUUAAAUGCCAUGACAGGAUCAGAUCUGAAUGCUCUGAUCAAUCUAUUACAUUGCAUUAUGUAUACAGAUACAGUACUAUACCAUUGAUGGAGCUCUAAUUUAUGUUCACUUUGUUUAGUAUCAACACUGUGAUUAUAUGUAUUUCAUUCAAUUUACUUCACUUCUUUUUACAUGAUCAGUGUGUCUGGUAAAUAAACAAUAUUGUCUUAUUA